AUCAACAUCAAUAUAAAAGCACUGUCGCUUUCAAUGGUCGCUAGUUCAUUGGGUCUACUAUAGAGAGUAAAAGAAAUAACUUCAAAAUGAAAACCUUGGUGGUGUUAGCUUGUGUGUUGAUGUCGGUGUACGCGGCGGAGAAAUAUAACUCAAAGUAUGACAACUUUGAUGUGGACACACUGAUUAGUAACGAAAGGCUGCUCAAGUCGUACAUAAACUGCUUCCUCGACAAAGGCAGAUGCACAGCUGAGGGCACUGACUUUAAAAAAGCCCUACCUGAGGCUAUUGAGACCACUUGCGGCAAAUGUACAGAAAAGCAGAAGCUUAACAUUAGGAAAGUAAUCAAAGCCAUCCAACAGAAGUACCCAGCGCAAUGGGAGGAACUCGUCAAGAAAAACGACCCGAGCGGCAAGCACCGCGCAAAUUUUGAUAAAUUCAUCCAGGGCAGCUAAACUUAAUUAUUUCGCAUUUAACAUAAGUUAUUUACUAAGUUAUAAUAAGUUUUAUUUCUAUGAUGAAACGUAUUUUUUGUUAUCAAUUCGUUAAAAUACUCAACCUUUUUUUUCGUCACUCAAUUUUAAAGUUUGUA